AAAAGAAAUUGAUCAAGAUCAAAAACAGAAGUGAUAAUAAUUUCUAAUUGAAAUGUGACUGAAUUUUCCUGUAAAGUGUAAAAUUUUAAUGCGAGAUGAUGCGCUAAUUAAUUUAGCUACAUACAUUUUAUGCCAAUACAAUGUUACAUGAAUUUGCUUUGCAUAGUGAAUUGAUAUUUUAGAACGAAAAUGCUUAUAGUUUGCUUCCAAUUGUAGCAUUUUUUUCAUUUUGCAUCCUUAUUACAUAACGCAAGUUUUCCAUUAUAAAGCAUUUGACAACAACCGGCCGUAAGCAUGGAAGCCUUAAUUCCGGUUAUUAACAAAUUACAAGAUGUGUUCAAUACAGUUGGUUCAGAUGCCAUACAGUUACCUCAAUGUGUGGUUGUUGGUACUCAAAGUUCCGGUAAAAGUUCGGUGAUUGAAAGUCUCGUUGGUAGAUCUUUCUUGCCUCGAGGCACUGGAAUUGUUACCCGUAGACCUCUAAUAUUACAACUAAAUUAUUGCCCUAAAGACGACAGAGAUAAAAGAUCAGCCGAAGCUGGCACUUUGAACGUAGACGAAUGGGGAUCUUUUUUACACACGAAGAAUAAAAUUUAUACAGAUUUCGAUGAAAUACGUAAAGAAAUUGAAGCCGAAACUGAUCGUAUGGCCGGAUCUAAUAAAGGAAUUUGUCCGGAGCCUAUAAUUUUGAAAAUAUAUUCACCUACGGUAUUGAAUCUCACAUUGGUUGAUUUGCCAGGAUUAACCAAAGUUCCAGUCGGUGAUCAACCGGAAGAUAUCGAGUCGCAAAUUAAAUCAUUACUUAUCAAAUACAUCAGUAAUCCUAAUUCGAUUAUUUUGGCGGUAGUUACAGCCAAUACGGAUAUGGCUACUAGUGAAAGUUUGAAAAUAGCCAAAGACGUAGAUGUAGAUGGUAGAAGAACGCUAGCAGUAGUUACUAAACUAGAUCUUAUGGAUGCCGGUACAGAUGCUAUAGAAAUACUGUGCGGUAGAGUUAUACCAGUCAAGUUGGGUAUAAUCGGAGUUGUGAAUCGAUCUCAGCAAGAUAUUAUGAAUAAUAAAUCUAUCACCGAUGCGUUGAAAGAUGAAGCUGCAUUCCUUCAGAGGAAGUAUCCUACGUUGGCUAAUCGCAACGGAACUCCUUAUCUAGCGAAAAGUCUAAAUCGGCUUUUAAUGAGACACAUUCGCGAUUGCUUACCAGAUCUGAAAACUAGAGUCAAUGUCAUGGUAUCGCAAUUUCAAACUCUUCUCAGCUCGUACGGUGACGACGUAUCAGAUAAAAGCCAAACCUUGUUGCAGAUCAUCACAAAAUUCGCCUCAGCUUAUUGUUCUACUAUCGAAGGUACCUCGAGAAACAUAGAAACGACCGAAUUAUGCGGCGGAGCUAGGAUAUGUUUUAUAUUUCACGAGACCUUUGGCCGAGCUUUAGAUUCCAUCGAUCCUUUAGCCGGUCUUACUAAAAUGGAUAUUUUGACCGCUAUUAGAAACGCUACCGGUCCUCGUCCGGCUCUUUUCGUACCCGAAGUAUCAUUCGAGCUUUUGGUCAAGCGUCAAAUUCGUCGGCUGGAAGAACCAUCGCUCAGGUGCGUCGAAUUAGCUCACGAAGAAAUGCAACGUAUUAUUCAACAUUGCGGCGUCGAGUCGCAACAAGAAAUGCUACGAUUUCCUAAGCUUCACGAGAAGAUAAUCGACGUUGUUACUCAUCUUCUACGUCGUCGAUUGCCGCCAACUAACUCCAUGGUGGAGAACUUGGUCGCCAUCGAAUUAGCUUACAUUAAUACGAAACAUCCUGAUUUUCACAAAGAUGCCGCUGUCGUGUCUUCGAUCAUGAAAGCAGCUUCCAACGAAGAUGAUCAUUAUUCGCGUCAUAAUAUUCAUCGUCAAACUAACGGUUUGCCUGUUGAACAGGAAUCGAUGGCUGAUAAGAAAAAUUGGCUUAUGAGAUCUAGCAAAAGCGAUGGCUCAGGUAAAGACGAAUCCUCGACCAAUUCGCCUCAGAUGACUCCUCAACAUGUUACAAGUCCUCAAAAACCCAUCAACCUGUUACCCGAAGUUCCAACUCAGACCAGUCGUAAAUUAUCCGACAAAGAACAGCGUGAUUGCGACGUCAUCGAACGUUUAAUUAAAUCGUACUUUUAUAUCGUUCGAAAAGCUAUUCAAGAUAGCGUACCUAAAGCUGUUAUGCAUUUCUUAGUCAACUACAUUAAAGAUAAUCUACAAUCAGAGUUGGUUACUCAUCUCUAUAAGUCUGAUCACGCUGAAGAGCUACUAAAUGAAUCAGAACACAUAGCUCAACGUCGUAAAGAAGCCGCCGAUAUGUUGAAAGCUUUGCAAAAGGCUAAUUUAAUCAUUAGCGAGAUUAGAGAAACUCACAUGUGGUAGAAUAUCUCAAGUGUUCGCGUAGUCGAUAAGUGAUGCGUUUUGUAUUAAAUUUUUAUCUAUGCUUACGACGUAUUAGUUAUAGUGUUAUUAUUUUAUGAAUAGUUUGGCUUGUAUUGUUUUUCAGUUGCUUUUGAACAAAAUCGCGCCUAAAUUGAUCGCCGGAUAGCAAAGCUAGUCAUUUGUUGAAACCGAAUGCACUUUGUUCUUUUUAAUUCUUUGAAGAGUUCUGUUCUCUUUAUUAAUGCAUUUUUUCACGAUGAAAUUUUCACGAUUAUUUUUAUUCAUCGAAUUUUCGUUUUUUAAACUUUGUUUUACUUAUGUUUUAAAAAGAACUCUUUGUAGGAUAAUAAAAAAGUUUAUUUUAAAUUA